AUGGCUUCCCCACGGGAUGACCUGACGAGCCCUCCGACCUCGGUUCUCGCCGUCCCAGAGAUCAGUCAGGUUCAGGAGUCCGAUAUCACACCAUCAACUCCUUCAGAGACCUCACUAUCCGCCAGUACAUCCCCAGACGAGCUCAUCUCCUCCGUCGAGCAGCCAGAGAUGCCCUCUGAGUCACAACCUCGGGCGCCCACUCCACCCCCCACCGAACCCGUCGGAUCACCAGCCGAGGAGGUGGAACAUGCCUAUUGGGCCGAAUUUGAGGAAGACUCCUCAACUCCAGAUGGCGACGAAAUGAAAGAGAUCAAUGGCUCCGAUCAAGACUAUAGUGCCUGCGACCAUACAUACUGGGAGAGCAACUUCUUCCGGGAUUUGGAUGAUCCCGAAUACGUGCCUAUGGAAAAGGCUCGUCUGACAUGGAAGUUCAAGGGUGUCCGAGGUACUCCCGAUGCGCCCAACCGCGCCAAGGUCAUGCGCUCCCCAGCAGCCUACAUUGGUGGUUACUGGUGGCGCAUCAAGUUCUACCCUCGGGGAAACAAUGUCGGUUCGCUGAGCAUCUAUGUGGAAUGCUCGUCAACCAUGCCCACCCCCGAUGAGGCCCUUCCCGAGACCGAAUUCACGGUCCGUCGAGGCCGGGCAGAUGCGAAACUCGACGAGACUGCCCCCGACUUGGAUGUGAAGACUCCAGCGACCAGCCAACCGACAGCGUGGAUGGAAGAUUACAAGACAAAGUACACGACGAUCUCCCCGUCCACUACGUCUGAGGCCACCGAUGGGCCUUGGCGGGUGGCUGCACAGAUCGGUGUGAUUGUAUAUAACCCCGAGGAGCCUCGGACCGGAUGGAUGCAAUCCUCCUGCCACCAGUUCAAUCCCCACAAUUUGGACUGGGGAUGGACCUACUUCCAUGGUCCGUGGGAUCAGAUUCAUACUCGUCGACGUGGCCAGCAUCGGGCAUUGUUGAACAACGACACGCUUGCCUUUGAUGCGUAUAUCCGAGUGAUCGACGACCCGACACGGUCCCUGUGGUGGCACCCCAGCGACUCCGAGCCCACGUGGGACAGUCUCGCCCUGACUGGCUACCGUCCUCUGGGUGAUUCGAUCAUCAACCACAGCGCCGAGGUAGCAGGUCUGGCAUCGUGGCUGCACAUUGCCCCCUUCUGCAAGAUUAUCCAGAGUGUCAAUGUGCUUGAGCAUCUCACCAACUGCGACGUCAAGCCUAAGCCUCUCUGUGAUGCCUUGCAGAAGUUGCUGUGGCAGCUACGCUCUCGGUCUCAGUCUCUCCAGUAUGUGGAUACCGAUGCCAUCACCUCGACUCUGCGUAAUCUGCGGGAGUUUUCGAGUGAUGUCUCUGAGUUCUGGGAACGCCUGCGCCGCACCCUGGAGCUUGAGCUUGCUGGCACCGAGGCGGGUCGGGAGUUUGCCAGGCUGUUUGAUAGCCCAGCACCAGUUUCACUUUCGGAGACAGUCGAAACUAGUGCGGUGAAUACCUUACCGACUCAGUACAACUCCCGCAUUUGCAUUCGAGCCGAUCAAGCACAGUCCACUGGCCAAGCUGUGAAGGAGUAUCUUCAGGCCAAGCCUGGCCGGUGGUCGCUCCCUCCCCUGCUUCACAUCGAACUUGGCCGUCAUACUUUGGACAAGUCGAUGCGUUGGCAACUGGCGUUCAACAAGGUCGACUUGGACGAGGAGUUGGAUUUGGCACCUUUCGUGGUCGACGGCCAAGGUACCAAGUACGUCCUCUUUGGUUAUGUGGUUCACCGUGGCCGCCGAACAUCCGGCAAGUUCUUCAGCAUUCUUCGCCCGGCUGGUCCUGGCACCAAAUGGCUGGCGUUUGAUGAUGGCAGCGACAAUCGUGUGGAGUGUUUAACUCAGAAGACUGCAAUGGGCCCUCAUCUCGGGCUCAAGUCAUCUGAAACCGUAGACCAUAAGAAGGGCCAUGAUGUUCCAGUCAACGUCAUGUACGUCCGCGGCGACAUGGUCUCGGAGUUGCUUCCCGGUCCUCAGGGGCCCUGGGAUGUCCCCGAACCAGUCAAGCAGUACUAUGAGACUGGAGUCUACCAGGUCAACGACGACGGGGCCAAAGCAGACGUCCAGGUUGAAGUUUAUUCCAUGUCCGAGUAUGAAAACUUGAACAGCCUGUUUGAUAGCUAUGACCUGAUGAUGCAUGCUAAGGCAUCUAACGGUGUCAUGUAUAUGACCCUGCCUCGUUCAUCCCGUCUGGCUGAACUGCGGAAGAAGAUUUCCAUGUGGAAGUCUGCCGCGGGAGAGACAGUUGGCCCCGAGCGUGUCCGUCUCUGGCACAUUGGGCAAACUCGGGCUCAAUCCGGCUCCACUCUGGCGUUUGAUCUGAUCACUGAUCUCAAUGUCCCGUUGGAUUCUUCCGGUGGCACCAUGCGGUUCUGGAUGGAGACCAUCUCAGAGGAUGAUGCCAAAUUCUUCGCCAUCCCCGACCCCCUGUCCGCCACGGCCACUGAGGACAAAAUGGAAGAGUCGAUCAUCGAACGGUCUGGUCUGGACACUCCGGAGCCAUCACCCUCCAUCAUCGAUGGAGAUGCCGUCGCUAGCUCAUCUGGAUAUAUUGGCCCCAGUAUCGCCACUGCUCGCAUUGAACUGUCAAAUACCGGUGGCGAAAACAGCCUCGAGCUGCCAGUGGCCAAUGCGGCUCCAGAGACUGAUGUCGUUGCUGCCCUUGGAAAUGCUCCCUCAGUAGUAGAGCCCAGCUCGGCAGACCAGCGAACAUCCGUCCCUUCAGACUUGUCUGGCUCUAGCUCGCAAGUUCUAACCGAGGCCCCCGUGGAGCCAGCGGUUGCUCUACCUGUUGGACACGCCUACUACUUCAUUCAGGUCUUUGACCCAGACAACCAGAUUCUCCGUACGGUGGGCUCUUUCUUCUCAAAGUUAGAGUCGAAUGUCAAGGCCUCAAUUCGGAAGCACAUGAAGUGGCCCAUUCGUCGGGACUUCCUCAUGUGGAAGCGAGUUGAUGGCACCACUGUGACCACUGUCUCUCCAGCGGAGAAUUUCAUGGAUGUUGUGGUACCACACGGAUCCUGCAUCAUUAUCGGAGACAAGCUCAGCAAGGAUAAGCGCUCUGAGCUUGGCCUCUCUGGUCUGUUCUCCAGCCCUGAUCGCCUUAUUCAAUACUUGUGGGCCGAGUCUCGACAACAUCCCAUCCAAGGAUUCACCGGUACACAAACUGUCGAAGCCACUUUCACUAGUGACUACUACAGCGGUGACUUCCUCAAGGGCUACUACCACGGACGUGGCAAGCACUUCUCCGGCACGGGCACCGUUUAUGAAGGAGACUUCAUCUUCGGCCGCCGCCACGGCCAAGGCAAGAUGGAGUAUCCAACCGGUGACACCUACGACGGCGACUGGGUCGAGGACGUCCGCCACGGUCAGGGUACUUAUAUCGAGAAGAAGACCGGCAACAAGUACGUUGGCGGUUACAAGGAUGGCAAGCGCCACGGCAAGGGCAUCAGCUACUGGGAAGUCGCCGAUGAAGAGGCAGAUCUUUGCCAGAUCUGCUAUUCAGAGGAACAGAAUGCUGUGUUCUGCGACUGCGGACACGUCUGCUCCUGUGUGACUUGUGCCAAGCAGGUAGAUCUCUGCCCGAUCUGCCGUAAGAGCAUUAAGAGCGUGAUUAAGAUUUAUCGGACAUAG